AUGAGUUCCUUCCUUACCCGCUGUGCUCCAGAGAUGUUAGUUCCCUCUGUAAACUGGAUGCAACCAAAUGUGUCCACACCUAGAAUCCGGUUUUUAAAGUCUCUCAUGUGUCGAUGGAUGAACAGAAAGGUCUUGGGCCGAAUGGUCUUUUGCGUGCUGUAAAUUCAAGUUAAUUGGCUCCCGAGGUCUGCAGCUGUCCGUGAACGUCAGACAGGUUCAGUACAUUCUACAAAGAAGCAUCAUGGUUAAUAAUAGCGGGCUGGUGAGGGACUCGGAGCUCAUUCCCAGGCUCCCAAAUUAGAACGUUCCCAGAACAAAACCCGCCUGCAAUCCGGCUCCGCCUUGGGUUCGGAGCGGGUCCGCUGAGAAGUAUGUCGCAGGAGGUGCAGGUUGUGAAGAAGAAACGGCCGCCAAUGAAAGAGGAAGAUAUUAAAGGAGCUCGGAACAGACUGGGCACCAAGCAGGCGAUCCAGUCCAAAACCUACCAGGUCAUGCGACAAUGUGAACAGGAAGGUCUGGCCGCACCGUCUGUCUUCAGCGCCGCCAGAACAGGACAAGAGACCGUGUUCACAAAGGAGGCCGAGGGUCAACCAAAAAGCAUCUUCCAGAAAUGAGGAAAAUUCUGCAUUCACGUAGUUGCAAGUUCUGGUUUAACAGAAAUUUGGGGGAGUUGUAACAAGCAGAUUCAUCUAUAGAGACACUGCUGAACGCUUAAUGCUAACGUGUUUCCAGUUUGUGAAGGAGUGUGAAUUUUUUUUAUAUGCGUUUAAAACCAAACUACAAUAAUCCCGCCCCCACUCGAACAGAUUCAAUUUUUCCAUGGAUAAAAUUUUGGAUCAGACUAACGUCUUACAAAACAAUGCUGAAUUGUCAAACCCUUUAAAAUAAACGGACCUGUGCAGUUG